AUGGCUCCCGAUCCUAAGCUGUCCGGGCACCUGGGCCACCUUACUUCCGACCAAGAGGCGAAAUUGCGCGACUUCUGGGCUAUUAUCUUCACAUCUGUCGCGUCGGUCUUGUCCGCAGUCUAUGAGGUCACCAUUCCCGACGGUCCUCCGAGUAAGAUAUUUGAGAUUCUGGACAAGAUCAAUGAACCAACAGUGGAUGCGAUCACUUCUGCAUUGAAGGGAAUCACUAUACAAGAGUCGAACGGGACAUCCACGGAGACAAAUGGAGAUGCCAACGGCCACACCAAUGGUGAAACCAAUGGAGAAGCCCCAGAGGCCAAGGCCGCCAAGGCAGCUCUAACAUCCGACAAGUCAAACCAAAAGGUCGCGCCCGAACACUUCGCUUCACUCCUUGCUGAGCUCCGCAAGCUCGGGGUCCAGGAUGCCGAGAUCAAAUCCAUGGAAAGCAUCCUGUCGCAGAUGACACCUAAACAGAUGUGUUUCUAUGUCUUGAAGAUGGUGAAGCAGGAGCACCCAGAUAGCUUGUUGCUUCGCUUCCUGCGCGCUAGGAAGUGGGACGUCGGCAAAGCGUUUUCCAUGAUGGCGUCCACUAUCCUGUGGCGGAAAGAAAUGGAAGUUGAUGACGAGAUUCUGCCUCGCGGAGAGGCGUACGCGCUUGAAAUGUCCCGGGGCCAGGGUGCAUCGGUGAAAGAGAAGAAAGAGGGAACCGACUUCAUCAAUCAGCUCAAGAUGGGCAAGAGCUUCCUGCAUGGGUUUGAUCGGGAGGGCCGCCCAGUGAAUUAUGUUCGCGUCAAGAUCCACAAGCCUGGUGACCAGAGCGAGGAAACUAUUGAGCGUUAUAUCGUCCAUGUUAUCGAGUCGACGCGAUUAAUCAUUGCCCCUCCAGUUGAAACGGGUACAAUUGUGUUUGACAUGACAGGGUUUGGAUUGUCGAAUAUGGAAUACGGCCCUGUAAAAUUCAUCAUCAAGUGCUUUGAAGCAAAUUAUCCAGAGUCGCUUGGUCUUCUUCUCAUCCACAACGCCCCAUGGGUAUUUUCAGGAAUCUGGCGAUUGAUCCAAGGAUGGUUAGAUCCCGUCGUCGCCUCAAAGAUUCAAUUCACGAAGUCUGUCGCCGACCUCGACAAAUAUAUUCCCCGGAACCAAAUCCCCAAAGAGCUGAAAGGCGAUGAAGACUGGAACUAUAAAUAUAUCGAGCCGGUUGAGAACGAGAACGCGGCGAUGCAAGACACCGAGACUCGAGACUCACUCAUGGUCGAGCGCACUAUGAUCGCCACACGGCUGCUUGGCGCCACAGCGGCCUGGAUAUCGGCGACUACCUCGAAUGAAGAGGCGUCGAAGGUGGAAGAAAUCAAAUCUAGACGCAAUGCUGUUGUGGAAGAGUUCCGAGUGAACUACUGGAAGUUGGACCCUCACAUUCGAGCGCGGGCGCUCAUUGAUCGGGAUGGGAUGCUUCUUCCUGGGGGUCAGCUUUCGAGGGGUGUUAUUGAGGGUCUGAAGAAAUAG